AUGGUGGAAGAGAAGCUCCAGCGAACAGCAGUCGACGUAAAUUAUUGCCUUUGCUACCUUUUGGCCUUCGACCCUUCCUUCAACACCCCACAGCAGUUCUGGGCGAAACAGCAGAAGCAAUUGGUUGCCAGAGCUACCAGAGUUGCUUGGACUAACAAGACCUACUUGAUGUUGAAGGUGCUUCGGGAGUCUCUUUGCACAAGAGGCACGCAGCUCGUGACGUAUGACUCCGAGCCGAGGGAGGACGUCAAGCUACAGCACAUACCAAUCAAGACGGGCAAGAAGCAGAAGUCCAGAUUCGUGGUUGCAGAGGUUCUUCCAGGUGGAAAGGCUGAAGAGGCUGGCAUAACCUCUGGUUGCGAGCUGGACGUAGAGGAGUUGAACGCCAGCUCGAACCUUUGUAUGCCACGGAGCAUCCCCCGCAAAAAAAGCGUCGUGACAUUGAACGACUUCAUUCGACAUCCAGACGUUCCUCUCAAGUUUCCCUUUCGCUACUCGCCACUUCAUGUACGUGAUGAUCAGUUUGAGCUUGUUCGAGAAGAGUCCUUGGAGGUUCCCUUGGCCGUGGCAACCCCCGAUGAUCCUGCCGAGCUUUCCAGGUCCAAGUUCGUGGUGAACCUUAGCAAGUGCUUCUUUCACGAAACCCAAGAUGAUGUUUUCAGGUAUGAUUGUCCCACUUACCCGUUCGGAGUUUGCCAUUGUGGGGUUCUUACGCUGUUCGAUGCGAUGAUGGAGGAGCUGAAGAACAGAUUUGGUUUCAAGAUCUCGAGACAACAGCGUCGACAUAUGGAGAGUCGUAGGCAACAGGCCUUGGGCGACUAUGCAAACGAGUUUCGACCUCGACUGCCCAUCAGAACAGGCCAGUCAGCCGCAGCAGGCUCUUGCCCUUACGCCGCGACAGCUGGAAUGUCCCUGGCAGGACAGAUCCGGCGGGUGCUGCAACUGGCCAACCAGGAUCCAUCACACCUCAAGGCGGAGGACCGAGCAGUCCUUGAGCUGGUCGAGGAACUUGCGGAGAAGAAGCAGAGGGAACACCAGCGGAAAGUACACGCGUAUGACCCACAGGCAGCGUGGCUUGGGGACCGAAUCAAUGACUGCUAUUUGGCAUCCUAUGGGACACUGUGCGAGCUUACCCCUCAUCAGUUUGACCAGGUCCGCCAAGAAGUCCUUUCAACGAAAGGCCUUUCGGGUGGCCUCAACAAACGUGAUAUCUCGGAGGGCGUGGAGGCUCAAGUGGGCAUAGCUGCCAGACAACACUCCCAGAAAGUCGUGAACCUUCUCGGGCCCUGGCUGCGUGUCGCACGCGUUCCGCCCGGUGAUCGAACCUUACUGGAGUGCCUUCGCCAUGCAGUCGACAGUAGGCAGCAAUAG